UGAGCUUGACGUUUUGCGGAGCAGGAGCAGGACAUCCGAGGAGUGAGCCCUAAAGGAACCUGCUUCAUUGUUGCUUCUUGUUCUCUCUGGAUCAGUUUCUGUGUUUGUCAGAUUCUAUAUCAGCGGCUCUUCUGUUCGCCUCGUCUGGACCUUGGAUCCUGCACUGACAGACUCAAACAUGGAGAUAGAGAAGGAAAUAAAGAAGAUGACCCUCGGACACGAGUUCGGCGCCGGAGCGGCCUGCUUGAAAUGUGGAGACAAGUGUGAAGGCUUUGAGCUGCACUUCUGGAGAAAGAUCUGCAGGAACUGUAAAUGUGGCCUCACAGAGCACAACGUGCAGAUGAACUCGGAGGAGAACAAGAAGGUGGGGAAGCUGUUCGAAGACACGAAGUACACAGGCCUCAUCGCCAAGCUGAAGAAGGACGGCCUCCCCAGCUACAAGGGCAACAUGGUGACCAUCACUCUGCCCAGUGCUUCCACCGCCUACGCUGUACCACCAAGCUUUUCCUCCACAGUAGUGCCCCCCUCUGCAGCAGCUGGUUCUGUGCUGCCUGCUGGAGCUGCUGCAGGUUCAGCGCCCAACAGGGGUCAGGGUGCAGGUCAGGCUGCAGGUAUGGCUCCAGGUCAGGCUCCAGGUCAGUUUCCAGGUCGGGCUCCAGGUCAGGCUGCAGGUGUGGCUCCAGGGCAAUUUCCAGGUCGAGCUCCAGGUCGAGCUCCAGUUCCGGCUCCAGGUCAGGCUCCAGGUCAGGCUCCAGGUCUGGCUCCAGGUCAGGCUCCAGGUCAGGCUCCAGGUCAGGCUCAAAGUCAGGCUGCAGGUCAGGCUCCAGGUCGGGCUCCUGGUCAACCUCUACCAGCAGGUGUCACACCCCUCAAAGCCAACAGAGUGCCGGUUUCUGUCAGCUCCACAUCAGUCAACGCUGUCCAAGUCCCCAAAGACGUGCCAAUGACGUCCGUCACCUAUGAUUGGGCGCCACCUGUAGCCAAUAAGUACAUGGCGGUGCGUUACAUCGAGCUGCUCCCUCCGGAGAAACGUCCUGUCGCUGGUUCAGCAGGAGCUGCUUACCGCCGGCAGCAGAUGGCCUGCCAGCUGCCUGAGCACGACCAGGACCCGUCCAAGUGCCACGAGCUGACCCCCGCUGAGGUCAAACAAAUGCAGCAGUUCGUCCGCAAGUACAAGGACGAGGCCCUGGGGGUGGGAGAUGUCAUGCUGCCAGAAGAAAUGGCUCUGAUCCGGGCACAAGGGCAGGGUGGAGUUACCGCUGGGGCUGGAGGGGCAGGGCUUGGACCUGGAGCUGGAGGGACUGGGUCUGGAGCUGGGGCAGGUUUUGCAUCUUGUGGUGGAGUUGGGACAGGGGCUGCAGGCCCUGGUUUUGGGUCGAUGGCUGGGGCAGGAGUUGGCGCUGGCUUUGGACCUGGAGCAGGAGGCAGGGGAACUGGAGCUGGAGCUGGCAUGGGCACUGGGGUUGGAGCUGGUGGUAGCAGAAAUGGGGUUGGGGCUGGAACUGGGGCUGGUGGAGUAGGUGUUGGAGGAGUAUGUCAUGGAGCAGUGGAUGUUGGAGCAGGUGGUAUUGGAGCUGGUGGUGCCGGAUCAUUCUCAGGUCCUGGAAUCGGAGCAUCUGCUGGUUAUGGGCCAGCAGGGGGAGCCAUGGGUACCACUGCUACAGCUGGAGCGAUGGGCGUCCCUGGAGCUCAACAAGCUGGACUACCUCAACAGAGCUUUACCUGCCAACACUGCCAGCAGCCGAUGGGUCGGGGCGAGCCAGCCGUGUACGCUGAGCGCGCCGGAUAUGACAAGCUGUGGCACCCAGCGUGCUUCGUGUGUUGUACCUGCAGCGAGCUGCUGGUGGACAUGAUCUACUUCUGGAAGAAAGGAAAGCUGUACUGCGGACGCCACUAUGGAGACAGUGAGAAGCCACGCUGUGGAGGCUGUGAUGAGCUGAUCUUCAGUAAUGAGUACACGCAGGCCGAGGGACAGAACUGGCAUCUGAAGCACUUCUGCUGUUUUGACUGUGACUGCAUCCUGGCCGGAGAGACGUACGUCAUGGAGAAUGACAAGCCGGUCUGCAAGCCGUGCUACAUGAAGAACUACGCAGCGAAAUGCUCGUCCUGCCAGAAAGCGGUGGAGCCAGAGGAUCAGCGGGUUUCCUACGGCGAGCAUCACUGGCACGCUGCGCCCGACUGCUUCAAAUGCUCCGGCUGCGCCAAGUGCCUGGUGGGCCAGCGCUUCAUGGCGGUGCAGAACCACCUCUUCUGCUCCGUGGAAUGCAAGAAGAAAAUCAUGGCUUAGAUGGCCAAAGUACGCCCUCCAUCUUCUCCACAACCACAUGUGAAACCAGGACGGACUGAGCCUCGACUAGAACCAGAGCAGUGGAACAAACACACUGUUGAAGCUGCGGAGAUGAGGAUGUCUGAUACCUUUAAUAAAGAGACAUACAGUAAUAAUGAGGCCAUUAGCAUUUGGUGCUCUCUGUCAGUGAUUCUAAUCUGACACCUGAGCUUCUGCCUUCCAGUCUGCCUUAUAAUGUGUCUUUUUUUUUAACAAGAACAUUAUGUUGCUUUUCUUGCACUGUAUUUUCUUACUGAAGAGAUUAAAUUUUGUAUUGUUUUUUGGAAAAAAUCCAGUAACUUUGCCUUAAAACUCCUUUUCCUUCAUGGUGCUUGUUUGGUUGUAUUGUUAAUUUAAUCUGCCCCCUGAUCAUGCUUCCUUUAAAAGUUGAACUACUGAUCUUUACUCUCUGUGCAGCAGCAGGAUCAUCAAUAUUAGCUGGAUGUAGGGGGUGAUAUCUUCCCAGUGCACUGCAUUUCAGAUCAAAUUAUUGCACUACUCUCAAACAUUUUUAUCAUUGAUCUAAGGAAUUUAACUUCAUGCAUAAAGGUGGAGUGUUUGGAAGUAAA